UGACCACAUAAAAAAAGGUCUGACAUCACAUCUGUCUUUCUUCUAAUCGAUUUCCCUCACCAUACAAAAAAAAUCGAAAGAAAAAGACGUGAUUCAGACCAAAAUCAAUCGAUCAUUACAAAAUGAGAAUGGGUAUGUUCAGUUUCCCAAAUUUACUUUCAACAUAGCAAAGAGCUUAGACCAGCAACAAUGGCGGAUUCAUCAGCAUCGCCAUUGUUGUCGCAGUACGAUGAAGACAUAAACAACACUUCUCAACCUCAGUUCACAUUCGACAUGAUCAUCGAGCAGAGCUUGUCCGAUUUUGGGUUUUCUCAGCUCCUUCAGGCAGUCCUAGUCGGAAUCGCCCUUUUCUUCGAUUCUCAACAGAUCUUCAUCACUGUCUUCACCGAUGCUUAUCCCACGUGGCACUGCGUUGACCGUGCGAUCUGUGAUCCGACGGCCUCCGACCUCUGCAAGCUUCCCCGAUCAGCCUGGGACUGGGACGAACCGAAGGGCAAAUCGGUCAUUUCGGACUUCGGUCUCGAGUGUUCGAGCUCCUUACUCAGAGGUUUACCUACAUCGGCUGUGUAUGUGGGUUCUGUCCUCGGAGGGCUGGUUCUUGUCCUGAUCCCUGACGCUUUCUUGGGACGCAAGAAACUGCUCUUCUCCUUAACCUUGUCAAUGUCCCUUGCUGGAAUCGCUGUCUCGUUCGUGCCAAACAUAUGGGUCUACAUGGCGUUGAAAUUCCUGAUCGGAUUUGCACGCUCUCUGAUCGGUACGUACGUGAUCGUACUGAUCACCGAGCGAGUUUCGACGAGAUGGAGGUCACGAGUUGGUAUGAUUCCGUUUACCCUCUUCGUACUAGGGUUUAUAUCGUUGUCUGGUUUGGCUUAUGCUGUCCGAAAUUCUUCAUGGAGAGUUUUGUACCUCUGCACUUCCGUUCCCGCCGCCCUCUACUGUGUUUUCCUUUACAUCUUCGUCCUCGAGUCGCCCCGAUGGCUGAAUUUGCAAGGGAGGAACGACGAAGCCAUUGAUGUGCUCAGAAAGCUAUCAACGGCCAGAGGAACCCACUCAGAAUCUAUCUUUAAUCGGUUACCCCUCAAGCAAGAAACCCUAGAACGAGGGAGAAAAUACUCUAUCAGGGACUUGUUUGUCCGGAAAUGGGCUUUUCGCCAGAUUCUGGCCGUUACUGUCAUAAUGUUCGGGUUGGGAAUGUCGUAUUACGGUGUCCCCUUAGCUGCUAGAGACAUCAACGUCAAUAUCUACCUCAGCGAAACCCUAAACGCCUUAGUGGAAUUGCCUUCUUUCGUUCUCACGCCGUUCUUGCUAGAGAAUUGCAGCAGAAGAAGCUCAGUUCUCGUGAGCAAUCUCGUGGGAGGAAUAUCCGGAAUUCUCUGUUUCCUAUUAAGCGUUCUUGGAAGAACGAAGACGGCUUUUGCCUUCGAGCUCGCCACUUUCUUCAGCGCAAGGAUCGGAUUCAAUCUGAUGGCGGUUUACGUGGUGGAAAUGUUCCCGACAUGCGUGAGGAACUCGGCUACAACGAUCAUGCGGCAAGCCCUUGUCGUCGGAGGAGUUUGCAGCCCGAUUUUCACGUCCCUCGGCACAAACUUACCAUCACUUUCGUUCGCUAUUUUCGGGUUUUCUAUGUUUGUUUUCGGGUUAUUCGUGUUGCUUCUUCCCGAGACUAAAGGCUCGAGUCUCUGUGAUACAAUGGAAGAACAAGAACAGCGAGACCAGGCUGUGAAACUAGGAGUACACUCUUGUGGUUAAGUUAAUGUUUUUCGGAACACAACAUGCUCUAGUUAGCAAGUAUUUUGGAUGUAAUCGAAGUCCCUUUUCUUCCAAGUCCUUCUUCUAUCUGUUCA